GGGGAGGAGAUAUUUUCAUAGAGAAAACGAUCGCUUCAUGUUUGGGCGUAUGCCACAAACCCAGUUUUUUAAAUAAAUCAAUCGAAAGCGCAAAGCGAAAGUGAAGAACUUUUCUUGUUUUCUAAACACCAGCAAUCAGAACUGCCUUGUGGGAAAUUGAAUCCUUUAGGCUUGUUUGUGGAGUCAAGCCUCAAGAGCUGAAGUAAAUGACAAGCAAAUAAAUCUAUAGCAGUGGCCACACCCACUUAUAACGUCAUAUGGCCUUUAUUGCUUCAGUGUGUUUCUCGUUGUCUGUCGUAAGGGCGAGUUACGCUGGACUUAAGUUCUUCCGGACCUGUUUUACUUGUGUUUCAACUACAAACAACCUCUGUACGUUUUCUUCUUCGCCCACACAGAGUUCCUGCUGAUUUGAGAGGUGCAAAUAAAAACACUUGUCUUCAACAUGUCUGGACCAGGCUAUCCAUCCCCAAACCAGCCUUCAUAUCCCAUGCCCCAGCCAGGGGGACAGUACAUGCCCCCCUAUCCCAUGGGAGGAUAUGGAGAUCCUGGACACGCGGCCCCACCUGCUGGAUUCCAAGUAGGGUACCAUUCGGGUCCAGACCAGACUAUCAUGUACCAGCCUGGUCCAACAACCAGUCCAUCUCACCAUGCACCUGCACCAAUGUCAGUUCCUUCUGGAGUACCACCUGGUCUGGAGUACCUCACUCAGAUUGACCAGGUCCUUAUUCACCAAAAAGUGGAGUUGUUAGAAGCAAUCAUUGGCUUUGAGACCAAUAACCAGUAUGAGAUCAAGAACAGCCUCGGCCAAAAGAUCUACUCGGCCAAAGAGAAAAAUGACUGCUGCACACGCAACUGCUGCGGUUCACUGCGUAGCUUUGACAUGAAGAUCAAAGAUAACACUGACCGAGAGGUCAUACGCCUCAUCCGACCUUUCCGCUGUGCCACCUGUUGGUGCCCAUGCUGCCUGCAAGAGCUCGAGGUGCAGGCGCCUCCGGGAACAACCAUAGGAUAUGUAAAACAGGACUGGCACCCUUGCUACCCAAAAUUCUCUAUCCAGGGACCGAAGAAAGAGACAUUGAUGAAGCUCGAGGGGCCCUGCUUGGCCUGUAAUUGCUGUGGUGACGUGAACUUUGAGCUCAAAGGCACAGAUGGUGGAAAGCCUAUUGGCCGCAUCAGUAAGCAGUGGAGUGGCCUGUUAAAGGAAGUCUUUACUGACACUGACAACUUUGGCAUCCAGUUUCCUUUAGACAUGGAUGUGAAAAUGAAGGCUGUCCUUAUGGGUGCCUGCUUCCUUAUCGAUUUCUUGUUCUUUGAAAAAGUUGGAGACAGCAACCAACGCAAUACUGUGUUUUCCUAGAGCAUGAGAAGGAUGUUACCUUGACCAAUAAGUAACUAGUCAAAGAUUUCAUGUAAACUUUUAUUAGUAUUUAGAGACUGUAUUCAGCGACCACUCAAAUGAAAGUGCUAAAGUCAUAUGCAUGUUCAUAUUCAGUCUUUGUAUAGUAUUGACAAAAAUACCACAUUUACUGUGACAGAUAUCAUGAGUGCCUGUUAACUGGGUGCCUUUUAAACAAUCAUGGCAUACUAAAAUACAAGAUAUAGUUACAGAAGUACAUGAAUCUAACAUUUAAAUGAUUUUUGGUCUUUUACCUUAAAUAGUUUUCUCUUGUUUUUCAGCAGUCACAUACAACCUAUAUACGUGUCUGCUAUUCUAGGUUUAGGUUAUGCAGAAAUCAUACUUUUCCGCUGUUAGUUUUAUGUAAAUGAUGAGAGAAGCCUAGGAAUUUUAUGCAACAGUGCUUGUUCAAAGCUCUUUAGGAAAGCUCUUUUCUAUUUGCAUCCUAUCAGGUGUCUCGGCCAAUCAGACCAAUAUCACACUAAAUGCAUUCUAGUUCUCCAAAUCCACUUCAGUUUGAAGGACAGCUUCUUGCUAAAUCUUCUUUUCACUCACAGUUAUUGCAGACAGUCCUUGUUAACAAAGGUUGUCACACAACAGUGAUGAACAAGUUAAAGGCAAAACUUGAUAAAAUAACAUACCAUUACAAAAGAAUCAGCUUUUACUAAAUCUUGGUUAUACUGUGGUUAUAAAGUAUCAUAAACUACAGUAGGCUACAAAUCUAAUGAAUAACCUAGAUUUAUAAAUGCUGUAAAAUAAUUUAUAGGUUAAUGAUGCUUGAUGCCUUCAUUAAUAUGAAUGAAUUUAAAACAAUUUUACAUGUUUACAAGCAUAAUUAUUUUCCUAUUUUAACCAUAUACUUUUAACCAUGUGUUGUUUAUAGACACUUUUAUAAUUUAAUAUAAAAUUAUAGCAUUUUAUAAUUUUAUAACAAGCAUUUUUAUAAUUUUCUACAGCAUGCUUGAAAUUAAAGCUGCAAUCCAAACUGUUGCCUCUCUGUCGCAUCUCAGUUUGAAACGUGGCAAGUUACUUAUCUUUAUGCGUGUUUAAAGUAACUGGCAUGUCCUGUGAAAUCCGACAAGUGCACCCGAAUUAAAAAUAUUAUAAACUGUGAAUCGUGGUAGAGUGAACCCCUUUCAACACUGAAGGCUUAUGUACUUGCUUAAUAACAGUUUUUAAUAGUUAUGGAUUGCAGCUUUAAAUAUUGGACUAGAAGAUUAUUCAUUUACAUCAAAUGAUAAAGAAUUAUACAAACCAAAAUCAGUUGAUCCUGAAAUUCUUCCUCAGACUAGGUUUUUUUUUGCAGGGAUGCCAUAGAAGAACCAUUUUCUUACUCUUUUAUGGUCUUGUAAAGCUAUAUGACAACAUCUCUAUAUCAGCGGGGUUAACCUGCUGAGGCGGCCGCAGGACAUCGAAGUCAUACUGAUAUUGAGGUUUAACAUCACUACUGUGAGUGUGAUAUCACUUUUAUAGAAGGUCUACCAAGUUGUACACCGUAAAAAAACUAAUUUUACAGAAUUUUCUGUUUUUUAACAGAUUUUCCAUAUAUAAUGUAUACGGAUAUAUAUAAUUUUACGGAAUAUUUCUGUUAUUAACAGAUUUUUUUUGACUACGGCAAAAAUAGUAAAAUUACAGAAAAAGAUAACUAGUUAAAGUUUUCUUUAAUUUAAAAGAAAACUGAGAAAACAUGUCAUUUUACAAUGGAAAAAAAAGUAAUUUUACAUUUUUUCAGCUGCCAGAAAAAAAUUGCUAGAAUUUUUAUUUUUUUAAGGGAUUUUUUACAGUGUUCCAAGACAUUAAUAUCAGGUUGUUUUUAGAUCACAACAUUCCAAUCAUUUCUUAUCAUGGAUUCCAGGGUUCUAUAGAUGUUACAGGUUUUUCAUUGUGUUGUUCACAACACACCCUGCCAAAGAACCAUUUAGAUGUGAGGUCACUGUAAAUAAACUGUUACAGAUGUACUGCAACUGGUUGUUUUGCACUUUCAUUAACAUAGAAGUCAAUAGGUUUAUAUCUCACUGAAGGUGCAGAAGUUCACUGCAUUAAUAAAUGGAUGUUUCAACUACUUCAGUAUCUCAGUUAGUAGAAUGUACAUACAUCUACAUACACAAGCAUGUAUUUACUUACAGUACAUUUAUGUGCUUUUGAUUUUUUUGUUUGCAUAUAAUACCAGUGUAAUGUUAUACAUAAGACAUUAUAUUGUUAUGUUGUACAUUACAGUGUAUCUAGAGUAAGGUCGUGUAUCUAAAAACGUUUCUCAUAUAUAUAGCCAAAUAAAAAAAUCAGUAGUGUCAAAGAUAAAACAUUCAUGCUGUUCAGAAUGAAGAGAUUAUCUAACCUGCAAAUCAAAUAAAAGUUGAAG